AUGUUCACUCGUCGUCAGAUCAAGUUUAUCUCUGGGCUCAAACAUGGGAAUGACAUCAAAGCCCUCGAGGUCCUGAUCAAAGGCACCCACCGCAAUUGCGCCUGCAGGACCGGCGCCGAGAAUAGCCAUUACGACUACGAUCGUGCCGAAGUGAAGCCAAAGCUUGGAAGCUCCCCAACGCAGAGAACCAAGCGGCCCACAUUCUUCGCGAUUGCGCGAUGCGAACGAAUCAUUGCGUUGUCGAGAACCCCGAUGGAAGCAGACCCCGGAGAUCAGGGACAUCGGCCCAUGCUUGCAUGGGGCUUCCGUGGGAAUUGGCAUCCUACGGUUGAACAAUGA